GAAGUGGAACUGUAGAAGAAAUGAUGCAUGCGGUGCCAGCUAAGCAUGAUGUCGGUUACACAAUAAUCCUCUUUCCCUGUCCCAUGCCAUCAUGCAGUGGUUAGGGUUGCAGAAGUUGCAUUCACUUUUCCUCUAAGCGACUCGUGGUUUUUUCUCGAUCCACAUUCAAGCUUGUAUAUCAGACAUUGUGCUGUUGUGAUGGUUAAAGAAAACGCAGUGUGGUGAAAGAGCCUUGGAAUUAGUUGUUUGAGACCAUUAAGAAAGUAAGCAAUAGGAUGUCAAAUAGUAGGAACACUCACUGGUGCUACAGUUGCAGGAGGCCAGUUCGGCUGGGACGGCGAGAUAUGGUUUGUCCUAGCUGUAAUGAGGGAUUUGUUCAAGAACUUAAUGAUAUGAUGCAUGUUAACCCUCUGGACUUCUUAGGAGUGGACAACAAUGAAGAGCGAGACCAAAGGUUUGGACUCAUGGAAACUUUCUCUGCUUUCAUGAGGCAUCAAAUGGCAGAUAGGGUCCAUAGCCGAGAUAUCAGGGCACAUUCAGACUCAAUUCCCGAACACAAUGCAGGGUUUGCUCCUCUGUUGAUCUUUGGUGGCCAAAUUCCUUUCAGAUUGUCUGGACAUGGUGGCUUUGAAGCUCUCUUUAACGGUGCUCCAGGAAUUGGUCUGACAAGAGGUAACACAGGCGAUUAUUUUAUUGGUCCUGGACUAGAAGAACUGUUUGAACAGUUUUCAGCUAACAACAGGCAAGGUCCCCCACCAGCGUCCAGGUCCUCUAUAGAUGCGAUGCCUACUGUCAAGAUCACGCAGAGGCAUCUUCGAUCAGAUUCACACUGUCCUGUGUGCAAAGAUAAAUUUGAGCUGGGGUCUGAUGCAAGGCAAAUGCCAUGCAACCAUUUAUAUCACUCAGAUUGUAUUGUUCCAUGGUUGCUGCAGCAUAACACCUGCCCUGUCUGCCGUCAAGAGUUGCCACUGCAAGGAUUGAGCAGUAACCGUGGUGCAAAUGGUAGAAGUAGAAGCAGUUAUAGUAGCAGUGGCAAUGGAAGGGUAAGUAGUGGUAGGGAGAACCAAGGAAGGAGAAACCCGUUUUCCUUUUUGUGGCCUUUCCGUUCUUCAAAUUCUAGCCGUAAUGAUGAAGCAACUGCAAGCAGCUCCCCAACACCAACUAUCCCUGAGAAUAGUCAUCAUAGAGGGUAUUCUGGGUGGCCCUUUGAAUGACUAUACUCUAUAGUGUGUGUAGUCCAUUUUUUUAACUUGUUAGUUUACUCGUGUUGAUUGAAAGAUCAUAUGGACUGAUGUUGAUUGCUUAGAGUGAAAAACUGUUUGAGACCUGAGUAUGGGAGUUGUUUUUCUAAAGUUGUGAACUAUUUUUGAAUGAAUAGUUAUUUAUGC